CCCGGCAGUACCAGUCCGAGCCUCCACUCACUAAGACGCCAGGCAGAAAUGCAACCUGCUAAUUGCAAGCUCGAAUGAUGACUGAAUCGCUGAUUUAUUCCGAAACUUAAGUGAUCCGUGUACGACUGUGAUAUAUCAUAACUUUUCUUUAAAAUAAUUCAAAGUUGAACUUAAGAAAAUGAAUGAAACAGUGACAGAUACUUGGAUGUGGCUUCGGGAUGUGAUGGGAUCGUGGCUCGAAGACUCUGGUGCGGAAGAGCAUCAGGGCCUGAAUAUGAGCGCGCUGAAAAUUGACGAAGCUUACAUCGUAGGAGUUUCGGACCGGGAUGUCGGCGUCUAUUCAGUUUCAGAUGAUUGUUUUCGGUGCCCAUUCGAGCUUCAGAAAAAUAUAUCAGCAGGAUCAAGAGGUUGGUGGGUUGUGAAUACUGCAAGGCGUUCAACAUUGAGGGUGUAUGAAGACGUCACAGAAGAAUACAUGACUGUUAGAAAUACUUCAGGUUUACUAUGUCAGUUGAGACCGAACCUGGGACAAUUCGGCGUGUACACACUGAACGCGACCGGCGGGGGCUGCGACAUACGGACCUCCAAGGAACCUGUCGAUAUUUAUAUGCCUCUACUCCUCCUGCUGGGAGUGCUGAUUGGGGCAUGGGUGCUAUACGGAGUGCUGAAGCUCAUCAUGUCCAGAGUGAGGCGUUCAGCCAAACUGCGCUAUGGAGACAAGGAGCUAGCUAUACAACAGAGACUACGAGCUUUGGACACAUUCAGAGGGAUUGCAAUAGUGUUCAUGAUAUUCGUAAACGACGGAGCCGGCGGGUAUUGGUGGAUGGAGCACGCCACUUGGAACGGCUUAGCUGCGGGAGACCUGGUCUUCCCGGCCUUCCUGUGGAUCAUGGGGGUCUGCAUCCCACUCUCGGUCAAAAGCGCCUUCGCUAAAGGCGUGCCGAGGUGGAAGAUUGUUCUACAUAUUAUCAGGCGUUCAUUCAUGAUGUUCCUGCUGGGCAUAAGCAUGAACACAAUCUACGGGUCGAACAUGCUCGGCGAGCUGCGAAUAUUCGGCGUGCUGCAGCGGCUGGCUGUGUCGUACCUCGUCGCUGCCGGCUUCUACGCCCUCACCGCGCCCAAGUAUUAUACGCCGCCGAGGGGUGCAUGUGGCCAAGCUCUGAAAGAUGUUCUGUCGUGCGCGUGGUGCUGGGUGCUGGCCGGCGUGCUGAUCGCGGUGCACAGCGCCAUCACCUUCAUCAUACACGACCCUGACUGUCCCACCGGAUACUUAGGUCCUGGCGGUAAACAUGACGAGUGGGUGGCGCCGGAGUGCAGCGGCGGGGCGUCGGGCUACAUCGACCGCCUGCUGCUGGGCGAGAGUCAUCUCUAUCAACACAGUGACGCAAGAAACGUUUACGGUGGACCACCGACGGACCCAGAGGGAUUGUUAGGUUGCCUGACCUCAGCAGUGCAAGCUCUGUUGGGCGUGCAAGCAGGAGCGACAGUGUUGCUGCAGCGGUCACACAAGGCGCGCGUGUCCCGCUGGCUGGCCUGGGCCCUCGUCUUCGCGCUGGCUGGGGCCUUACUCGCUGGCUUCUCGAGGGAGCAUGGCGUGGUGCCUAUUAACAAGAACCUUUGGUCCAUGUCUUUCGUUCUAGUAACAACAGCGGUUUGCCUGGCGCUACUCAGCAUCUGCUACACAUUCACGGACGCGUGGCGCCUGUGGGACGGAGGACCCUUCAGGGCUCCAGGGCUCAACGCUAUCGCGCUGUACAUCGGCCACUCCGUGUGCGCACAUCUAUUCCCCUUCCACUGGAGAGUGCCAGAUAUGAGGACGCACGGGAUACGCCUGGUCGAAGCGGUGUGGGGAACAGCGUUGUGGGUUAUUAUUGCUCAUAUUAUGGCGAAGAAGAAAGUUUUUAUCUCACUCUGAGUUAUAGUUAUCCCGGGUGAGAGCGGGGCUGUUGGCGUGAAUAGUAAACUCUUGAGAUAUUUAAGAAAUUGCAAGAAAGACGCUCGGGUGUCUCCUGAUCAACAGCGAAUGCCAAAGGGCAUUGGACAAAAUGAGCAAACAGACGCGCCCGCUCCUCGCUCCACUGUCAGAUGGACCACAGCCUUAUAACUUCUGUUGCUUUAAUACUGAGUAACCACGCGCGUACAUACUACAUGUUUUGAACUAUUCAAGGUUUCUUUAUUAUGUUGUGGGUACAGUGACUGUAUAAGUUAAUACAUUCAUACAUGUUUUAAAGUGGGGAUGGCAACGUUAUUUACAAUGUAGCAUUGCUAAAUUAUAAAGCUUGCUCGCCGAGCAUGUAUGUACUUGCGUCGGGACCCAGCCAAACACUGCCAGGAUAAGGUGCUACUAUUCGUCCAAGAUUUUAAUGUCCUAAACUAAUCCUGUUGGCGUCUAUUUAAGGGGAUUUGACAUUUAAUUGUGGCAUAUCCAAAUUAUCUAAUUCGUAAGUUAGCUGGUGCUCUUAUUUUGGUGCCUUAGUUUAGUACAACGGCUUACAAAGUUAUUUAAAACUUUUAAAGUCAUUCACAGUAGAGCAAUACAAAACUGCGUGACUUAAAAAUUGCAUAACUGUUUUGUAAUGUCUAUGUAUAUAAUAUUUUUUACUGUACGAAAUAUACAAUUAAUUUGAAAUGACGUGAUUUGAGGAAAAAAUGUAAGUAUUGUCCUAAUUUCAUUUUUAAAAAUUGCAACACGAAAUUUAGCUGUUAAAUGUGACUCUUCGGAAGACAGAGACGACAAAAUGUGUAAUUUUAGUUCUAUGUUGUUGGGUUGACAUUGUAGAUAUUUACAAGUUUUAGAUUUUAAUUUAAAAGAAAAAGUAUUUUUAAAUUAAUCACAAAAUGACAACCCUAGUUUAGAUUUUUAACUAUAAAAAUAUAUAUACAAUAGAGUAUAUAUUGCGACACACACAGUAAAUAAUUUUACACAAAAAAAGACUGAAAGUUAUUAAAAAAAGUCGACCUAAUUAAGUCUAAGAAAAAAAAAUUAUAACUAGCGAAAUGCAACUUUUGUGCAAAAUACGUAAAUUGCUUAUUUAUAAAUCUUCUACAAUAAUUAUUAUUAUUGUAUUGGUAAAGAUCUAGUCUAAAUUAAAUAUUUUAUACUUUUCAACUAUAAAUUUAUUAUACUUAAUUUGUAGAAUGUAAAAAUAUUAAAG